UCUACGUACCCUGAGUAGGAAGGCACCUUGGUGCUUUCCCAAGGGAGUCACAACCACGUUAUCCUACCUCAUCAUCACCCAAUUUAGUUUUCUCCCUCUCCCUCUCCUUCUCCUUCUCCUUCUCCUUCUCCGUAUUUCUCAUAGAGGCGGGUCCUACUUUAUUUGAACAACCUCAAUUUCAUCACAAUUCCCGUUCAAUAGUUUCCUAGGAGAGGGUGCUCAUCUACGUCCACCGCUGGCGGCUAGGCAGCUUUCACUCUAAUUUUCCCACUUACGAUUCCAGAUUGAUUCUCGCGCGCAUGAUACCCAACUAAGAUCCUAGCGGUAGCAGUUCAGUAGCCCGGUUCCUCGUAGUUUAAUCGUUCUUUCGGAUUGUACGUAUCCGACCUGUUCUCGCUGUGCUGCCAACAUGUCAAGUGUUGCGGGACUCGGUUCGCCGACCGGGGAGACUCAGUACCACCAAAGCAAUGCUAGAACGAUUUAUAUUCCUGUUGGUGUAUUCCUCGCCAUCUGUCCCAUUGUCGUCGCCGCCAGAAUCUGGGCGCGAGUGGGAUGCGGUUUAAAGCUAGGCGCGGAUGAUUUUAUUAUCUUAUUCUCUCUAGCAUUUGCGCUGGCUUCGGACGGAGUUAUGCUCGCUGCUUGUCAAUACGGUUACGGUAAACACAUCGCGACUCUAUCCCCCGACUACAGGUAUCAGGCCUUCAAGUACUUUUACCUCUGCCAGGUUACCUACAAGGCCUGCAUCAAUUCGACCAAGGCAUCUAUCCUAUUUCUUUAUCUAAGGAUCUUCGGCAAUACCAAAUGGUUUAGGCUAGCUUGUCGCGUAAUGCUCGUCUGUGUGAUUCUAUACUUUGUUGCUUCCGUCACGGCCACUAUAUGUCAAUGCGUGCCUAUCACAAAGGCAUUCGACAAGUCCCUCGAGGGUACGUGCAUCGACAACGGGCGAUUUUGGUACGCGAAUGCCGGAUUUUCCAUUGCAAGUGAUGUUAUUAUCCUCACGUUGCCGAUGCCGCUCGUGUACGCUUUGCAAGUCCCCAGGGUCCAAAAGGUCGCGUUGGUCAUGGUAUUCGCCCUUGGUGUAUUCGUAAUCAUCACAUCCUGCUUACGAGUUACGACCCUCGACUUCCAGGCAAAGUCGCCAGACCCAACCUACGAUAUCGCGUCCACUAUGUGGACAGUCAUCGAGAUGAACGUAGCCAUUGUGUGUGCAUGCCUCCCGCAGAUCCGCCCUCUAAUUAUCAAAUGUUUCCCGAGAGCGAUGCCAAGCUACUACGCCGAUUCACGCGAGCAUUCUGAUAAGCACUGCUACACUGCCGACCAUCUCCCGAGGUCUAUUCUAGGCAGCAACAUGGGGAACAAUUCGAAAUCGGAUGAGGGGAGUUGGGCGCGCAUCGAUAACGACGACAUUGGCAGGGUUAGAAGAGAUGACAUAGCCUUAUCGAACCUUCGAAAGGGCGGCUCUGGCUCGGAGGAAUAUAUUUUGCAGGAUGACAAGGGAUUACAGAUCCAAAAGACGGUUCAAUACAGCGUCGAAUACUCAUCAGGUACCAAAGCGAACUCCCGCGCUCAGUUGACAUGACGAGGGUAUUAAGACUAUCAACGAUCAAAAUCGGAGUCAGAAUAUCCUGGGCAGUCAUAUGCGACGCAGCAUAAUAUUUUUAGCUCUGUGGGAGAGGAAUGGACUUAUCUGUUGAGAAGCAUCUGAGAAACAGGAGAUGCGGUGGUAGCUGUGUAUCAUUUGCUCUUCUUUAGGUGUGCUAAAUGUAAUAAACACUUACCUAGGUAAACUUGCAGAGUGUUUGCUAAGAUUGCCGGCGACCCUUCUUAUUUAUUGGCAAGCUAAUGGAUUGAACAAAAGUGUUGAUUCGGCGACAAAUCGGAGUGGUCGAAAAUAGCUUCGAGGAUAAAUACGUCGUAUUGAAUUGAAAAGGGAUACAAAUACCUACCAAUCGAUUCAUA